CCCCGUCGCUCUCCGCCGCGCACCCUCGAGUGGAUCUGUAAGCCAGCGGCUCUCCGGCGGGGGGCCGCCUGCGGUGUCGAGGCCAUGUUGAGGAGGAUCUUGCAGCGGACUCCUGGGAGAGUUGGCUCUCAAGGUUCUGAUUUAGAUUCAUCAGCAGCUCCUGUAAACACAGUGGAGGUCAAUAAUGAAAGCUCUUCAGAGGGCUUCAUAUGUCCCCAGUGUAUGAAAUCUCUUGGAUCUGCUGAUGAACUUUUCAAACACUAUGAGGCAGUUCAUGAUGAUGGUCAUGGUGGAGAGGCUAAUCUUGCUUUGAAGCGAGAUGAUAUAACACUACUCAGACAAGAAGUUCAAGAUUUACAGGCUUCUCUUAAGGAAGAAAAAUGGUAUUCAGAAGAAUUAAAAAAAGAAUUAGAAAAAUUCCAAGGGCUACAGCAGCAAGAGUCUAAACCUGAUGGAUUGGUGGCUGAUUCAUCAACAGACUUGCAGUCUUUGGAACAACAAUUAGAAGAAGCCCAAACAGAAAAUUUUAAUAUUAAACAAAUGAAAGAUUUAUUUGAACAGAAAGCAGCCCAACUUGCCACUGAAAUUGCAGAUAUUAAGUCAAAACAUGAUGAGGAAAGGAGUCUACGAGAAGCUGCUGAACAAAAAGUGAAACAUCUGACAGAAGAAUUAAGCAAAGAGGCAACUAUAAUUCAAGAUUUGAAGACUGAACUGCUUCAGAGACCAGGUAUAGAAGAUGUUGCUGUGCUUAAGAAAGAACUGGUUCAAGUUCAAACGCUAAUGGACAACAUGACCUUGGAACGUGAGAGAGAAUCUGAAAAACUCAAAGAUGAGUGUAAAAAGUUACAAGCCAACUAUUCUAAUUCAGAGGCCACAAUAAGCCAGCUAAGGAGUGAGCUUGCCAAAGGUCCUCAAGAAGUUGCUGUGUAUGUGCAGGAACUGCAAAAGCUUAAAAGUUCAAUAAAUGAAUUAACACAAAAGAAUCAGAACUUAAAUGAAAAAUUGCUAAAGAGAGAACAUGAUUAUAUCCAAUUGGAAGAGAAGCAUAAUGAAGAGUGUGUGAGUAAAAAGAAUAUACAAGCAAGCCUUCAUCAAAAAGACCUAGAUUGCCAACAACUUCAGUCAAGAUUAUCUGCAUCUGACACAUCACUACAGAGAUUACAGGCAGAGCUCGGUGAAAAGGGGGAAGUUACUCAGAAACUUAAAGAAGAAUUAUCAGAAGUAGAAACCAAAUACCAACAUCUCAAGGCAGAGUUUAAACAGCUACAACAACAGAGAGAAGAAAAGGAACAGCAUGGCUUACAGCUCCAAAGUGAGAUUAAUCAAUUGCAUAGCAAACUUUUGGAGACAGAGCGGCAAUUAGGGGAAGCUCAUGGUCGACUGAAAGAGCAGAGACAGCUUUCCAGUGAAAAGCUUAUGGAUAGAGAACAGCAAGUAGCUGAUCUACAACUCAAGCUUUCUCGUUUAGAAGAACAGUUGAAGGAAAAAGCAACACAUUUCACAGAAUUACAACAUCAAUUAGAGAAAACAAAGCAGCAGCAUCAAGAACAACAAGCUGUUCAGCAAAAUACCACAGCAAAACUCCGAGAAGCACAGAAUGAUUUGGAACAAGUACUACGUCAAAUUGGUGAUAAGGAUCAAAAGAUACAGAAUCUUGAAGCUUUAUUACAGAAGAGUAAAGAAAAUAUUUCUCUAUUAGAAAAAGAAAGAGAAGAUCUUUAUGCAAAAAUUCAGGCCGGUGAAGGAGAAACUGCUGUUCUCAAUCAGUUACAAGAGAAAAAUCAUACGUUACAGGAACAGGUGACUCAACUAAUGGAGAAACUGAAGAAUCAAUCAGAAAGCCAUAAACAAGCCCAGGAAGAUUUGCAUGACCAGGUGCAAGAGCAGAAGGCACAUUUGAGAGCGGCACAAGACCGUGUCCUUUCCCUGGAAACCAGCACCAGUGAGUUAAGCAGUCAGUUAAGUGAGAGCAAAGAGAAGGUUUCACAGCUUGAAAUACAGAUUAAAGCCAAAACUGAAUUAUUAUUAUCAUCAGAAGCAGCAAAAACUGCACAAAGAGCAGAUCUUCAAAAUCAUUUGGACACUGCACAAAAUGCAUUACAAGAUAAACAGCAGGAGUUAAAUAAGAUCACUACUCAAUUGGAUCAGGUCACUACAAAGUUGCAGGAAAAGCAUGAACAUUGCAGUCAUCUGGAAAGUCAUCUUAAAGAGCAUAAAGAGAAAUGUCUCUCUUUAGAACAGAAAGCUGACGCUCUAGAAGGUCAAAUUAAGAAAUUAGAAGCUGAUACUCUAGAAGUGAAAGCAAGCAAGGAACAAGUUUUGCAGGAUUUACAUCAGCAAAGACAAUUGAACACAGAUUUAGAGCUUAGAAAUACAGAAUUGAGUAAACAACUUGAAGUGGAGAAAGAAUUAGUAUCCAGUACAAAGUUGGAUCUACAGAAAAAAUCUGAAGCCCUUGAAAAUACUAAGGAAAUGCUUUCAAAAUCUGAGGAAGAAAAAAUAAUUCUUAAACAAGAAUUUGAAAAUUCAAGUCAAGCUGCAAAGACACAACACAAAGAACUGAACAACAAAAUUCAAACAGCAGUAACAGAACUACAAAAGGUUAAGAUGGAGAAAGAAAAUCUUAUGACUGAGCUUUCUACAGCAAAAGAGAAAUUGUCAAAAGUUUCUGAUUCUUUGAAAAAUGCCCAAAGUGAAUUUGAAAAGGAAAAUCAGAAAGGAAAAUCUGCUAUAUUAGAUUUGGAAAAAACGUGUAAAGAAUUAAAGUCUCAACUUCAAGUACAAACAGAGAGCACACGUAAGGUUCAGAAUGAACUGGAAAAGUCACUUGAAAAAGAAAAAGAGAUUUCUCAUCAGUUGAAGUCGGAACUCAGUUUAGUGCAAGGUCAAAUCAUAGAGGCCCAGAAUUCUUUAAAGCAAAAGGAAAAAGAACAGCAACAGUUUCAAGGGAACAUAAAUGAGCUCAAACAGUUGACUGAACAGAAGAAAAAGCAAAUUGAAGCUCUGCAAGGAGAAAUGAAGACUGUUCUUUCACAGAAGACAGAGCUUGAGAAGAAACUGCAGCAGCAGUCAACACAAGUUUUGCAGGAACUGGCAGCAGAGAAAGAGAAGUUGGCAGUACUUAUGAACACCUAUGAAAACACUAAAGAAAACCUGAAACAGGUUCAGUCUGAUUUCUACGGGAAGGAAUCUGAACUGUUAGCCACAAGGCAAGACCUUAAGUCUAUAGAAGAAAAGCUUUCUCUAGCACAGGAAGAUUUGAUUUCAAAUAGAAAUCAAAUUGGAAAUCAAAAUAAACUUAUCCAAGAAUUGAAGAGUGCCAAGGCUACUUUGGAACAAGAUUCAGCAAAGAAAGACCAACAGUUGAAGGAACAGUGUAAAGCUUUACAAGAUAUUCAAGAAGAAAAGUCACUGCAAGAAAAAGAACUACUAAGUGAAAAAUCUAAAGUGGCAGAGAUAGAAGAAAUUAAGUGUAAACAAGAAAAAGAAAUUUCUAAAUUGGUUGAAGAACUUAAGACUCACAAGCAAGAAAGUGUAAAGGAAGUAACAAAUCUUACAGAUGCCAAACAGCUCUUGAUUCAACAGAAAUUAGAACUUCAAGGGAAAGUAGAUUCUUUAAAGGCAACUCUUGAACAAGAGAAAAAAAACCAACAAAUGCUAAAAGAACAGGUGAAAAAGGAAGAAGAUGAACUGAAGAAAGGAUUUAUUGAGAAGGAAGCUAAACUGCAUUCUGAAAUAAAGGAAAAGGAAAUAGGAAUGAAGAAACAUGAAGAAAAUGAAACUAAACUGACUAUGCAGAUUACAGCUUUAAAUGAAAACUUGGGCACUGUAAAGAAGGAGUGGCAGGCCAGUCAACGCCGGGUCAUUGAGCUUGAGAAACAGACAGAUGAUUUACGCGGCGAAAUUGCCGUAUUGGAAGCAACAGUUCAGAAUAAUCAAGAUGAAAGGAGAGCACUAUUGGAAAGAUGUAUUAAAGGAGAAGGGGAAAUAGAAAAGCUUCAAACCAAAGUGCUGGAAAUGCAAAGGAAGCUGGAUAAUACCACUGCAGCCUUGCAGGAGCUGGGCAGAGAAAAUCAGUCCCUACAGAUCAAAUAUACACAAGCAUUGACCAGGAAGUGGGCUGAAGACAAUGAUAUACAAAAUUGUAUGUCCUGUGGGAAAGGCUUCUCGGUCACAGUGAGACGGCAUCACUGCAGACAGUGUGGAAAUAUCUUCUGUGCGGAAUGUUCAGCCAAAAAUGCCUUAACCCCUUCUUCUAAGAAGCCUGUUCGUGUCUGUAAUUCAUGUUUCAGUGACAUGCAAGGAUGACAAAUUUUCA